GUCUGUCCUUCUUCCUCUCUCAAAGAGAAAUGUCUGCCUCCGUUAGAAGCAUGUCUUUGACACUCUGUCGCAGUUCAAGAGUUGUUCAAAGAGCUUUCCGUCCAGCUACACGUUUAUUCAGUGUUGGAUCUUGCUUAAAAGUAGAAAACAGAUCUGAUGGAACAGGGAGUGUCAUUGAAUCUACAGUAGAGUACAGGUUUGUGGAGAGGCUCAUUCCUCUUUCACGCAUCCCAGCUCCCCCUAAACAUAAUGGUCCUUCUCCAUCAGGAUGGAUCCAACCACCAGAUACACCACCUUCGCUGCCGUACAUGAUCCGUCGCUCCCGAAUGCACAAUGUACCCGUGUACUCUGACAUAAAGCAUGGAAAUCAACACAGCACUCUGCUCAGGAAAAUCGAGGGAGACAUGUGGGCUCUGAACAAGGAUGUUAAGGAGUUUCUACUUGGGCUCACAGGAAAAGAUCCUCCAACACAGGUCAAUGAGAUAACUGGGACCAUCCGAAUUAAAGGAUCGUUUGAAAAAGAGCUGAAGGACUGGUUACUGGAGAAGGGCUUUUAAUUUUUGAUUUCAUGAAUGGCAAUAAGGACAGGAGACAUGAUAAAGUGAUGUAAAUUCUAAACACAGGCUUUGAUUUCCAAUGUUUGUGUUUUUGCUUUGUAUUAAAGUUUGUAAAUAUAACAUACUUUACUGGUUUAAGAUGAAAUAAAUAUAAGGACAUGUCCUAAAACAGAAUGUGUGAUAUUU